GCGCCUGCGUGUUCACCUCAUGAACUCAUGAACGAACACAAUGGCGGGGAAGAAGUUCAGGUUUAAUGAUGAAUGUUAACGAAUAUAUAUGAACCGCUCUUUUGGAAAAAGACGUGAAUUUAAGUUCACACCGGAGUUUCGGAGUUGGUGCAGUCCACACACGCGUUUCAAGUGUUGGACCCAGCUCGCAUAUUAUCAUGUCUUUAACACGAAUGUUGAACAGACUGUGUGGAUCUGUGCAUUGGAAACAAGGCUUUGAGUGUUUGGCAGCCAGUGGCACUCUUACACAGAGAAAGAGACUGCAGCAUACUGCAACACAUGCAACUUCAUGCAACUAUCGACUGCAGCAUGACUGCUUGGAGCUCAACUAUUGUGGUCUUGUAAUGCACUUCGACUAUGUGUGGCUGAGAGAUCACUGCCGCUCGUCUUCAUGCUUCAACUCGAAAACAAACCAGCGUAACCUGGACACUGCCAGCAUUGAUCUGAAUAUCAGACCUUUAAAGAGCAGAGUGGAUGAAGAUAACCUCUUCCUCACAUGGCCAGAUGGUCAUGUAACACGCUACAGACUAGCAUGGCUAGCUCAGAACAGUUAUGAGGGCCAGAAGAGAAGUUCGGUACAACCUCGUAUCCUGUGGAAUGCAAACAUCUUCACCAACGCUAAGGUGCCCUCUGCAAGCUGGGACAAGUUUAUGAGCUGUGACGAGGAGCUUAAGAAUUUCCUCAACAACUUCCUGCUUUAUGGAAUUGCCUUUGUUGAAGGCGUCCCAGCGACCCUUGAGGCAACUGAAACAGCAAGCCAAAGAGUGAGCCUCAUCAGGGAGACCAUGUAUGGGCGGAUGUGGAAUUUCACUUCAGAUUUCUCUCGUGGAGACACAGCCUACACAAAGCUGGCACUGGACCGCCACACUGAUACGUCAUACUUUCAAGAACCCUGCGGCAUCCAGGUGUUUCACUGUCUGAGGCAUGAGGGUACGGGUGGCAGAACUCUGCUGGUGGACGGCUUUCAUGCUGCAGACAGGGUCCUCCAGCAGACCCCAGAGAACUUUGAGCUGCUCUCUCGCAUGCCGAUCAAACAUGAAUAUAUCGAGAAUCUCAGUGGACAUCGCAACCACAUGAUCGGCAUCGGCCCGGUGCUCAAUGUUUAUCCGUGGAACAACGAGGUGUACAUGAUUCGGUAUAAUAACUAUGAUCGUUCUGUGAUUAGCACAGUCCCUCAUGACAUGGUGCAGCUCUGGUAUGCAGCUCACAGACAGCUCUCCACAGAACUGAGGAGACCAGAGAACGAGCUGUGGGUCAAACUCAAACCUGGCAAGGUUCUGUUCAUUGAUAACUGGCGCGUGCUGCAUGGCAGAGAGUCGUUCACUGGUCUGCGGCAGUUAUGCGGGUGUUACCUGACCCGUGAUGAUGUGCUGAACACCGCUCGCUCUCUGGGUCUCCAGGCUUAAGACUUCACAACACGCCCCC